CAUGUGCUGGCUGUUGGGUCGCCGGCAAAAUCAAGAUAAACGCGACGGCAACCCCUUCAUGCGCCAGCAGAAACUGUACAUAUACGCAUUGGUGAUUGCUAUAUAUACUUGAAUCUGGCUGGCAUUAUUUGCUUCUUUUAGUCCUCAUUUCUAGCCAUACGCGGGCUGAUCAUUCUAAUCCGUCCCUGGAACUGCAUAUAUUUACUUCAGAAAGUUACCCUGUGUCAUAUUGGAUUCCGACAAUCACAACGCUGGCUACCAAUAGUCGCGCUUAAUCCGCAAAGGACUCAGCAAGACCAGGUGCUGUGCUGGAAGCCAAUUGACUCACCACCGUUUCACGGCCAAAAAUAACACAAAGCGCCUCCUGAAACAGACACAACUCGCGGUAGACCUAUCAAUCAAAGAAAGCCAAAUUCGACGGCGAUACCGUCAGCCACAAAGAGACUCAAUAAAUCUCACGUUUCCCGCUCCAGUUUUAUCGACUAUCGAUAAUCAUCGCCAACAUGACUUCGCUGCUGGCCAAAUAUGUUAGCAAGAAAUUCCUAGGGGAGUCGUUGCAGAAUAAUUUCGGAACAGAGGAUCCUUAUUUCGAAUCUGUCCCCGCUACACGACUAAAUGGCAGGCCCUCGAAGACGAAAAUGAAGAAAGUCCGAAAGGCAUUACCACCAGGCAUAUCUGAGCAUGAUGGGAAGAUCCUGACGAAGGUCAAGCGCAGGGCUUAUAGGCUCGAUAUGAGCUUGUUCAACUGCUGUGGUAUAAGGUUUGGCUGGAGCAGUGUCAUUGGUAUAAUCCCCGGCUUUGGUGAUGCGCUGGAUGCAUUCAUGGCAAUGAUGGUAUAUCGGACGUGCCAGCAGGUUGAGGGUGGCCUCCCUGCUACUGUUCAGUCGCAGAUGGUGUUUAACAUCGUCAUUGACUUCUUUAUCGGUCUUGUUCCUUUUAUCGGCGAUUUGGCAGAUGCUGUUUUCCGCGCCAACACCAAAAACGCUGCUGUACUGGAGAAACAUCUUCGCGCUAAGGGACAGGCCAGGCUCAAAUCCCAGGGCGCCGCGUUGCCCACAGUCGACCCCAGCGACCCCGAUGAGUUCGACCGCCUGAUGGCCGGCGGUCCACCUCCAGUGUAUACUGCAAACGAACCAUCACAACAGCCUCCAAUGCGUCAAACAGCUCCACCGGGAACUCAGCGUGAAAAACCUUCGGGCACGACUAAUACGGCCACAACAACAACUCAGAGUGGCGGCGGGUGGUUUAGAUUUGGAAAGAAAAGCAAGCAGCCAGACGUCGAGAGCGGCAGCGCCGGCCAAAGGCAUGGCGAUACGCCACUCUCCAACUUGCCGUCCCGUCCCGCCAGGGAACCAAGCACGCGUCAGAAACCAGCUCGUACUCGGUAGGUGUUUGCAAUGAGGGUAUUUGGUUAUUAAUUAUGCGGUGCCUUAAUGUUAAUUUAUGUUUGUAACUUUUGUAAAGACUUGGAGAUAGAUACCACGG